AUGACGUUGUCUACAGCAAAACAUGCCCUCUCAAGCCCCCGAGCCCUCCUAGACACCAUCCGAAUCGACAAAAGCGGCGGAGAUGUGUCGGAGAGCGGCCAAUUCGGAAAAUGGUCGAAUAAGGAUCUUGAUCCGUCGCCUCCUGAGCAGCGGACCUGGACGUUCUGGUCUUUUUUUGCGUUUCAGUUUAGCAUUGCGUUCUCGCCAACGACGUAUAAUGUCGGUGCGAGUUUGUACGCGAUUGGGCUGAACUGGUGGACGAUUCUUAUUGCGUCGAUUGUGGUCUCCGGCAUGGUUGCAGCUCUUUUGUUGCUCAAUUCACGAGGCGCCGCUUGGUAUCAUAUCGGUUAUCCAACCUUCAUUCGGGCGUCGAGCGGUAUUUACGGGUCCUUGAUUUUUGUUUUCAUUCGAGGGGUCGUUGCCAUUCUCUACAUGGCCAUUCAAACUCUCUACGCGAGUAAAUUCAUCGCUGUCAUGCUCCGCUGUGUCUUCGGGCAUCGAUGGACCGACAUUCCCAACCAUCUCCCUGAAAGCGCCGCCAUAACCUCAGCCGACCUCCUCGCAUUCGGAAUUCUCUGGCUUCUCGAGUUCCCCUUUGCCUUUGUCCACCCAAGCAAGAUGGAUAUGGUCUUCCGAAUCAAGUCUAUUCUAGCGCCAAUCGGCCUGUUUGCGACGAUGAUCUGGGCUCUUGUCUCAAGUCACGGCGCCAACUUCUCUGGCCUAAGCACCGCCAAAGCAGCAACAGGCUCGGCCCUAGGUUGGUCGUUCAUGAAGGCAAUCAACACCAUCGUGUCGAAUAUGAUUCCACCACUAGUCAACAUUCCCGAUCUUGCACGGUAUGCGAGGCGGCCGUCGGAUACUAUUCCCAUGUCGGUUGGCUUGAUGCUUAGCAAGCCGGUUGUUGUUAUGCUUGGAAUGGUUAUUACAGCUGCUGGAUAUAAACAGUUUGGCGAGGCAUACUGGAACUUAUGGGAUUUUUAUUCCAGUAUUCUCGAUAACUACUGGGGCCCUGGUACUCGUACGCUGGUCUUCUUUGCUGCUGGUAUUCAGGCAUUUGCAACAUUCGUCACGAACCUCACCAGCAACUCCAUCCCCGUCGGCUGUGACCUUGCAGGCCUCUUCCCGCGCUACUUCACCAUCGUCCGCGGCCAGGUCGUCUGCUUCCUCCUCGCUUGGGUGUGCGUCCCCUGGAAACUAACCUACUCUGCAACCUCCUUCCUCACUUUUCUCGGCUCCUAUCUCUGCUUUAUUUGCCCUAUUGUCGCAAUCAUGGUAGUAGACUACUACCUAAUCCGCCGCGGCAAUAUCCACAUCCCCUCGCUCUACACGGCCCAAAAAGCCACACCAUACUACUACACGUCGGGCUUCAACAUCCGCGCAUUUAUCUCCUGGGCGGCCGCAAUCGCGCUCGUGAUCCCUGGCGUCUCGGGUGCCCUGAACCCCGGCUCGAUCGGGACGGCUGCAGUACGGAUCUACGAUCUCGGAUUCCUGAUUUCGACGAGUGUUGCGGGGGCCCUGUACUGGGUUCUUUGUACGUUGUGGCCUGUUAGAAUUUUCCCGGAGGGAAAGGAGGCUCUUGGGGAGGGAUUGGGGUUUGAGGGAAUGAGGCGGACGGAGGGGUUUUUCGGGGAUGAGGGGGCUGUUCCGGAGUACUUGGUUGAGAUCUUGGAUGGGGUUGAGGGGUGUGUGGAGGUUGUGAAGGGAAUUGAGGGGAAGGAUAUUUAG